GCUGAGAGCAGUAGCUUGUUUCUCAUGUAAUUGAUGGAGGAUCUGAGGGAACGAGGACCAUCCAGGUCUUCCUUUACAACAGCUGCUCCAUCCUCCACCAGGAGCCUCCCCUCCAGCUCGAUGGCAGAUGUCUACGGGAACAGCGUCUCUCUGGUCUCUCUGGAUUCCAGUGUUUUCUUCAGCGAAACGGCGGUGUCCUCCAUCACAGAUCCUCUCGGUGUCUUGAUCAUCAACGUGGGAGGAAUCCGCUACAUUCUGUCCCAGGAAAUGCUGGUGUCCCACCCAGAGACGCGGCUGGGAAAACUGGUCAGCUGCAGCCGGGACUCAGUGCUGGAGCUCUGCGAUGAUGCAGACUUCCUGGAAAACGAGUUCUUCUUCGACAGAAACUCACAGACCUUUGAGUAUGUGAUUAACUUCUACCGGACGGGUCAUCUCCACGUCAUGGAGGAGCUCUGUGAGAUCUCCUUCCUGCAGGAGAUCCAGUACUGGGGCAUCAAUGAGCUUUGCAUCAACUCCUGCUGCCGUGAGCGCUACUACCGCCGCAAGGAGCAGAAAGAGACCCUGGACCUGCAGCAAGAGUUUGAGGCCGAUAAUGGCGAAGAGGACUUUAUGGGUGCUGCCUGCCCUGCUCUCCGUCAAUGCCUGUGGAACCUUCUGGAGAAACCUGAGUCAUCUCGCGCAGCUCGGACUAUCGGCUCGCUGUCGGUCUUCUUCGUGGUGCUGUCGGUCAUCAACAUGGUGCUCAUUUCCCUGGACCUGGGCGAGGACUAUGGAUGGGAGGGGCUGGGGAUUGGUGUGCCAGUGCUGUUUGACGUCCUGGAGUAUGUAUGCGUGAUGUGGUUCACAGGUGAGCUGGUUCUGAGGUUUCUGUGCGUCAGAGACAAGUGUCGGUUCAGUCGGAACAUCCCCAACGUCAUCGACCUGCUGGCCAUCCUGCCGUUCUAUGUCACGCUGGCAGUGGAGAGUCUCCAUGGAGGAUCCACCGAGCUGGAGAACAUGGGUCGCGUGGUCCAGGUGCUCCGCCUCCUCAGGUCACUGCGCAUGCUUAAGCUGGGACGACACUCUACAGGACUAAAGUCUCUAGGAAUGACCAUUGCUCAGUGCUACGAGGAAGUCGGUCUCCUUCUCCUCUUCCUCGGUGUCGGCAUCUCCAUCUUUGCUACGAUGGUCUUUGCCCUGGAGCACGACCUUCCUGCCACCACCUUCACCAGCGUUCCAGCUGCCUGGUGGUGGGCAACCACCUCCAUGACGACGGUGGGCUAUGGGGACAUCCGUCCUGACACGAUGGUGGGGAAGGUUUUGGCCUUCCUCUGCAUCCUGUCUGGCAUCCUGAUCCUGGCGCUGCCCAUCGCCAUCAUCAACGACCGUUUCUCCGCCUGCUACUUCACCCUGAAGAUGAAAGAGGCGGCACUACGGCACGGCGAGAUGCUGAAGAGGCUGGCCCGCGGCUCAGUGGGGGCAGGGGCCCCAGGGGCAAUGGGGGGAGGAGUCAACCUGAGGGAUGCCUACGCUCGUAGCAUCCUGGAGAUGCUAAGGUUGAACGGCCGUGAGAGAGCCAGCACCCGAAGCAGCGGAGGAGACGAGCUUUGGUGGUAGAACCUCAAAGAACCAGCAGGGGUCCCUAGCGGACUGGUAGAACAACGAGCUCCACCACCA